AUGGGCCGUCCAACAUCGCCGCAAAAGUUUCCGAAGAGGUCAAUACUAAGCAAACUACGCACACGCAGCUGGGUAAUGCUCAAUGAAGCGGAUGGUUUUGUCCGUCUGCCAAACGAGCGACUUAUAUACACCUCCCCACCCCGGACAAGCAUCAGUCUGAACAGCAUCAAUUCAAAUGCUGGAGACGAGUCUUUAGCGUUGCAAAGCAGUACUGGCUGUGUGCAUCUUACAAACCAACGAAUUGUCUAUCUCCCUGCAAAUCAUACCCCAGAAUUUCAAUCAUUCUCUGCGCCACUUCUAAAUUUUCAUGACACUCACGUUUCAGCUCCGUUUUUUGGCCCCAACGUAUGGACGGCAGUGGUUCAACCAGUUGUAGGAGGCGGUAUUCCAUCAUCGAACGUCGCCGUGCAGUUGAAGAUGACAUUCAAAGAUGGCGGCGCUUUUGAUUUCCAUUCCGCUUUCGAGAGAAUAAAAGAACGGUUGCAGCAAGUUGUUGAGCAAGCACGGGAAAGUGGGAUGGUCUCUGGCCGAGGACCGCAGCAUACGGGUGCGUAUGAGGGCGUCAAUUUCACAAACGUUCAUCUCGAGGACCUUCCAGCCUACGAAGGCCCAAAUUCAAUAUCAACUAUUUCACCGCCUACUUUCUCAGAAACAUUGAGCUCGAACAAUGGCGUUCAGACGCAGAGCAAUUUGCGGCAGGGUGCGGUUGGGGGAGCGUUCGAGCCGCCUACAGACCCUCCUCCAGGUUAUGAAGAGACCCAACGGCAAGGAAUCGCUACUGAUCUUGAAGACCGGAUUCGUCGAGCUCAGUAA